AUGCCGGACAUUGACCUAAUCGACCAUUCGCCACAACAGCCCUCAGCAGCACCACCAAUUCCGACCGCAUCAAAUGUGAUAUUGAUAGACAACUACGAUUCCUUCACCUGGAAUGUAUACCAGUAUCUAGUCCUCGAAGGUGCAAGCGUAACAGUCUACCGCAACGAUGAAAUCACACUGGACGCCCUGAGCUCGAAGAAACCAACCCAACUCGUCAUCUCGCCCGGACCCGGCCAUCCGGUCACUGACUCAGGCAUAAGUAAAGAUGCCAUCAACCACUUCUCUGGCAAGAUACCCAUCUUGGGUGUCUGUAUGGGCGAGCAAUGCAUCUUUUCCGUUUUCGGCGGGACUGUAGAGCAGACGGGGGAGAUAUUGCAUGGGAAGACGAGUCCUCUCCGGCAUGAUGGGCGGGGUGUGUAUGCUGGUCUUGCACAGGAUCUGCCUGUUACGAGAUAUCACUCUCUUGCUGGGACCCACCCGACACUCCCGGAAUGUCUCGAGGUCUCAUCUUGGAUUGCGACCGGACCAGAUGGUGGCAAAGGCGUGAUCAUGGGUGUGCGACACAAGGAGCUCUUGGUGGAAGGCGUGCAAUUUCAUCCCGAGAGCAUCCUGACUGCGGAGGGCAGAGUAAUGCUCAAGAACUUCUUGCAUAUGCAAGGUGGUACAUGGGCAGAAAACGAGAAAUUGCAGAAGCAGGCUAAGCCUUCUGUGCCCAACGGUGUAUCAUCGCAAACUAACGGCGACAAGAAGAUGUCUAUAUUGGACAAGAUCUAUGCCCAUCGCAAGACAUCAGUUGCGGCGCAGAAGCAGAUUCCUUCACAGCGGCCGGAAGACCUACAAGCUGCUUAUGAUCUGGAUCUUUCGCCGCCUCUCAUUGACUUUGCGGAUCGACUACGACAAUCACCAUUCAAGCUGUCACUCAUGGCCGAGAUCAAGCGUGCAUCCCCAUCCAAGGGAAUUAUCUCACUCUCAGCCUGCGCGCCGGCUCAAGCACGCACAUACGCACUCGCUGGAGCCAGUGUCAUCUCAGUGCUCACCGAGCCCGAAUGGUUCAAGGGAAGCAUUGACGACCUACGAGCUGUGCGGCAGGCAUUAGCCGGUAUGCCUAACAGACCUGCUGUGCUAAGGAAGGAGUUCGUGUUCGAAGAGUAUCAGAUCCUCGAAGCACGACUGGCGGGUGCAGAUACAGUGCUGCUGAUUGUGAAGAUGCUUGAUCUUGAGACUUUGACACGGCUGUACAAGUAUUCUCAAUCGCUGGGUAUGGAGCCGCUGGUAGAAGUCAAUACUGUAGACGAGAUGGAGGUAGCGGUGAAGCUAGGCUCGAAGGUCAUCGGUGUCAAUAACCGCAACUUGACCACCUUUGAUGUAGAUAUGGAUACCACGACGCGACUCAUGAGUAUGGUUGACAAGGACACCAUCCUAUGCGCAUUGAGCGGCAUCUCUGGCCCGCAAGAUGUAAAACCGUACCAGAAGAAUGGUGUUGGUGCCGUGCUGGUUGGUGAAGCACUGAUGAGAGCCAAAGACACAGCAGCCUUCAUUGCAGAGCUAUUGGGGGGCGGUGAAGCAGUAGUCAAGCCUGCGGGCAAGCGAAAGCUACUCGUCAAGAUCUGUGGGACGAGGAGUGCCGACGCGGCCAAAGCUGCUAUCGAGGCUGGUGCAGAUCUCGUUGGCAUGAUACUGGUGCAAGGUCGGAAACGUUGCGUGGACAAGGACACCGCGCUCGCGAUCUCCAAGAUUGUACACGAGACACCCAAGGUAAACAGUAUUGCAUCGAGGACGACUUCAUUGCAGCCUUUGGAGCAGAAGAAGGCUAUCAGCUACUUCGACCACACCAGCCGAAGGCAUAUCCAACAUCCGUCCCGAGCGCUCCUCGUCGGCGUCUUCCAGAACCAACCGCUAUCACACAUCCUCGAGUCUGUCCAAGACUUGAAUCUCGACAUCGUGCAACUUCACGGUGCGGAACCAAUGGAGUGGAGCUCGUCUAUACCAGUCCCAGUUCUUCGAGCGUGCAAGCCCGGUGAAGCCGGAUUAGCCACGCGAGGAUACCAUGCCCUACCCCUUCUCGAUAGUGGCGCUGGUGGGACAGGAAAAAAGCUGGCUAUCGACAACGUGAAGAGCCUCCUGCAGACAGACGAGGGUUUGAGGGUCUUGCUUGCAGGAGGCUUAGAUGCCGAGAACGUAGUGUCUAUGGUACACGGGCUUGAAGGAAUGGGUGGGGGUGUCGUAGGUGUGGAUGUCAGUAGUGGUGUGGAAACGGAUGGAGUGCAGGACCUGAAGAAGAUCAAGCAGUUUGUUGAGGCUGCUAAGGGUAUUGAUGUUGAAGAGUAG